AUGGCUGCCACCUCCCGCACGCCCUCCGCCUGCCUCGUCCUCAUCGGCAAGCACGCCAAGAACGACGUCUCCUACCCGGCUAGCUUGCCAAGAACGCCGUCCUCUUUAGCUCCUCUUUCUACCCUAACCCUAGAGGUCGAGAUUUCCUUCAAUCUGCCGGGGUGCGAGUUCGCAGGGCUCGGAGCGAUUGCCGUUGUGCUGCUGUUGCCUGCUGCGACGAGUGCUGGGAGACUGGCCGUGGACGCCGUUGCUGCUGGCCUUGUCGUGCGGCGGGGUGCUUGUGGACCUGCCUCAUCUCCAGUUAAAAAGCCAAGAACUCAAUGGAACCCAGCUUUGGAAAAGGGUUUGGUUGAGAUACUUCAGGAGCACAACACUCCGUACCAUAGGGGACAUAAUGGUUGGUCAACUGAAGCGUGGGAUAGGAUGGCUGGUUUAUCUCAUGAAAGAUAUGGCCACACUAAUUUUACAACGAUACAGAUUCAGGAAAAGCAGAAAGACUUGAAAGCUCAAUACCGACUUAUUAAGGAUGCUCGCAAACAGAGCGGUGUCAGCUGGAACUAUCAUACACACAUGAUAGAUGCUGACGCGCAUCUUUGGCAAAACUUGAUGACUACGUGGCCAGAAAUAGCUAAGUUCCAGAAUAAGCCCUUUCCCCUCUAUGAUAAGCUUGGUGAUCUGCAUGUAGCAGAAGGUAACUUCAAUUUCACAUCAACUGAGGUUACACAAGUGAGUGAUGGUGAUCCCGAAGUUGAAAGAGAGAAGAUUGCCUUCUCUUUUGACCUGAAUCAAUACGAUGAUGAUUUACACAUGUAUGAUGAUCCAAGAGAUGCCGCCCCAAGUGAUGGUCCAAGAGAUGCUGCCCCAAGUGAUGGUCCUAGAGAUGCUGCCCCAAGUGAUGGUCCAAGAGGUGCUGCCCCAAGUGAUGGUUCAAGAGAUGCUACACAAAGAGGUGGUGUUGCUGCUUCAAAUAACAAGCAUGUGAAGGAAUCAAAGAAGGGUAAGAAGCGUGAUGAUCCUAUGGUGGAAGUGAUGGCACAAUAUGUGGAGAUCAAACCGAAGCAAGCGGAGGAGGAGUCUGCUCUAUUGGCCGGGGCAAAAAAUGCCCAAGAAUUCUCCAUCAGCAAGUGCAUUGCUGUUUUGCACAAGAUGGAAAGUCUCCACCGUGAUGAAAGAGCCACUGCCUACAAAGUGUUCAAAAGUGUUGAGAACCGUGACAUCUUUCUUAAUUCUGCCACGGAAGAUGAAGAGAGUGUUGCGGUGCUUCUUCGGAGCGAAAUGGCAGAGUUGACUCAACGUAUCUAAGGUAACAAUCUUCUGCAUCCCCUUCUUCUUUGUGCUACCUGUCAAGAACUCAAGAUUUAGAGCAUGCUGCUGUUAUGGGGGGAUCAAGAUUCAGAGCUGUGUGACAAUUCAUAGCUACUUUUAAUUGUUGUUGGCUGGCUCGUCGUCGAGUACUUAUUAGAUUGUGCUAGUAGUUACAUGAUGGAGUCAAGUCAAGUGGCGCUGCAUUUUGAACCAUUUGUUUUUACCAUGGAAAUCGUUAGGUUUGUUAGUUCAUC